GGGUCCGCUGUGGUCGCCAGCCUGGGUGCGCUCCGUCUGGUGGACAGAGCACCUACCGGCCCUAUCUGCAGGACGGGCUCGAGGACAGGGUGCGCGGGGGCUGCUCAGGACUUCAGCCCUUUCCUUUCAAGGUUUUCCUAGCUCUCUCCAAAGUUGAAAUUCUUUUUGAGAAGUUAGAGAGACUGUCACACUCCUCUCGACCACACUCCACCUCAACUGAGUUAUGGAGGACAAUGAUGACAGUGAGGCAAAGCUCAGAGAAGAAAUAGAAGCUGAAUUGGAUAAAAUCAGCAUUUCUUCCUUGGAAAAUGAUGAGGUGGAAAAUGAUUCAGAAUCAGAAACUGAGAGUGGUAAUAGUGAUACUGAUUUAGUUGAAUUGCCAGAGUCAGUUCUUCACUGUAUCAAUGUCAUAAAGAACAAGAGUAAAACUGCAGAGACUCUCUUUCUUCAGGACUUAGAAGACACUGAUGUCUUCAGUGAGUACACAGAACAUAUACAUCAAGGUUGUAGUUAUGGUACAGUUUCUAACAGUCGUAUGCAUUUGAGGACUGGAUCUCCAGCUGAAUCAAAAGCGGAUUCUGAGCAGUUAAUGAAGAUAUUAUCUGUAAUAGAAAAGGAAGAAUUUAUGAGAAGUCUAACUGAUUCUGCCAGGUCUGUUUCUGUUUCUGAGACUGUUCCUCUUGACAUAUCCAUGGAUGAAUAUGUUUUACCAGAUGAUGCUGAUUUGAGUUUUGGAUACUUUGAAGUAGAAGAAAGAUGUAGAAAGUCUUUCAAAGCUUGGCAGGACAAACAAAAAGAACUCGAAAAAAAAGAUAAAGAAACACUCAAAGCUCAGAGUGAUAUAGAAAAACAGAAAUUUCGAGAAGAUGAUGAAAAGAGACAUUGCUGGAUAAAACAGUUUGAAGUUGAAAAGGAAAAAUUAGAAACCCUUCAGAAGCACGAACAGGAUAAAAUGAAUGAUGAACUUCAUCAAGAAGAGAAAUUAUGGAAAGAAAAAUAUAGACAGCAUGAGGAACUCAUUAGAAACUUGCAUUUGCAAAUGGAGGAGGAAAGAACAAGAUUAAGUGAGCUACAGGAAAAAGAAAAAGCACGGUUGCUAAAAUUGCAGUAUAAUGCAGCUGUAAAAAUUCAAGCCACAUAUAGAGCAUUUGUAACUUACCGAAAAUAUAGCCCAAUCAUAAGAGAGCAAAUAGAAAAUAAGAAAAGGAAAGAACGGGAGUGGAAAGAGAAGGAAGCAAAGAUCCGACAGAAGGAGGAAGAGAGAAGAAAAAUAAUUGAAGAGGGGCGGAGGAUUGAGGAGGAGAGAAAGAAGAAGAUGCUCGAGGAAAGAAGGAGGCGGGAAAGGGAAUACGAAGAGAAAAAGAACAUCCUGAGACAAAAAAGAGAGGAACAACGAAACAAGGAAAAAAUGAGACCAAGGGAAGAUGCCCACCAUCCGACAGUCGUUACCUGUGCUUUAAAGAAGGAAGGCAGUGGCACCAAGCAGCUAGCUGUCACAAAUAUGUCAAAGGAGAAGGAUGCUAUAUCCAAAGAAUUAGCGAACACCAACUCAAAGGAGUACGAAGAUGUUUGUCUGGUUCAGCAGUCAACCAAGAGCGAAAAUGUGCAUAAAGAGCUUGUACUGACAGAAUCAGUAGGAGCAACAUUGAAACCAAGCCAGGGAAUUUUGACAGAAUUAAAAACAAAUGAAAAAAAUGAAAAGUUACCAAAGUUAAAAAUUAAUGAAAACUUACCAAAAUUAAAAAUAAAGGAAAACUUACCCAAAUUAAAAAUGAUUGAAAAAAAUGACAAUGUACCAAAAUUAAAAAUGAAUGAAAAAAGUGAGAACUUACCAAAGAAACAAUGUUCAGAAAAAUUGGCUAACCAAGAAAUUAACUUUGAAAAUAUAGACCAAAAAAAUGAAUUGAAAAACUCAGACAUGAAGGAAAACGUCAAUGCACAAUGCCAGGAACAAGAACUAAAGCCUCAAAGUCAAAAUAAGGAAAAUGUGGAGCAGGCCACAACGGAGAGGCAAGAAACCCAAAUAAUGUCUGAACACAUACAAGAAAUGAGUGAAGAGGUGAAUAAUGGAGAACGGGAAAUCAUAACAGAUAAUCAAGAGAGAUUGGCUGAAAAGAUAGAAAAAACGGACACAGAGCAAGAUGGAUCAGUGCAUGAGAAUUAUUCUUCAAAUAUUCCCAUGCAAAAAGACCCACUAUCACUAUUAUUUAAAAAUCCAGAAUCUAUAGAAAGAAAUGUGAUGCCAGAUGACAAAGAAAUUGAUCUAAAAUCAGGAAGAGUUGAGGAAAUCUUAAUAGAUAAUGUAUUGACUUGCGAUUCUGUCGUCAUAACCUCAGAUGCCUUGGCACAUACAGAAGACAAGACAAACCAGCAGAGCUCUGUCUCAAGCAAACUGGCUCUCAGUAUAGAGGCUGGCAGUCACAGUGCUAAUAGCCCCUUGGACAUUGAAGAAGAGGACUUGCCUAAAGCUGAGAUUAAAGAUGCUCCCGAGCAACGGAAGCAAACUAAGGCUGAAAACGACGGUGUCCUGGCCUGCUCUGUGUCACAGAUAACCAUUUUAUCUUCAGUUGAGGAAAGGAGAUUAGCUUGGAUGAAAUCAUUUAAACCUUGGUCUGAAAUCUUUGAGCAAAAUCAACUCAAGAAAAUCGUUAAGAGAAAGAGACUUGUGAAAUGUCCAGCAGAUACAAUGCCUCCUUUGGAUACAUCAGCCAUUCUUCAGAAUGGCCCUUGGAAGACUUUACAGCAGGUCACAGCCAUUACAUUUCAGGAUUUGCCCGGCUGUAGCCUCUCUACACUGGCAGAGUGCCCAAAUCUUCAGCUUCUGUCCCUCCGACGCUGUGGCUUAACUUCUCUGCAUGGCCUGAACCACUGCAAAAACCUUAAAUACAUUGAUGCACAGGAAAACCACAUUGAGACUAUCAAUUGUGAAAAUCUUGAAAAUCUCUGUGUCCUUCUUCUUAAUAAUAACCUUCUGACGUCUAUUCAUGGUGUGGAUGGAUGCACGAGUAUACAAAACCUCGAACUUUCACAUAACAAAAUCACUCGAAUCAGUGGUUUAGAAUCUUUGAAAUCCCUUCAGCAACUAACUAUGGACCAUAAUCAGUUAAUCAGCACUAAAGGUCUUUGUGAAGCACCAACCAUCGUAUACUUGGAUUGUUCACAUAAUCAUCUUACUGAUGUUGAUGGCAUCGGACCUUGUGGAUUGCUACAAAUAGUAAAGCUGCAGGGAAAUUACCUAAGAGAGCCUCCAUCCUUAAAAAAUCAUGUUCUGCUUAGAGAAUUGCAUUUGGAUGACAACAGCAUCUUUAAUGCGGAAGUACUUUCUUCAUGUUGGCUGCCUCUACUUCAAGAUCUUAGCAUCUCUCAAAACAGUUUAACAACAAUUGUGCCACUUUUUCAUUUUGUGUCUUUGGAAAAGCUGGAUGUCAGCAACAAUUGCCUUUCUGAUCUUACAAGUGUCAUGUCUUGGUUCAACGCAUGCUACUCUCUCCGUGAGCUUUGUCUUACUGGAAACCCAGUCCUUCAGGAAACAAACUGGAGGCAUUCUAUACUUAAAAUAUUACCAGCUCUGAGAAUCCUUAAUGGUGACAUAUUAAACCCUCAGUCUGAUGUCCAUAUUGAGGAACACUAUUAUCAAGACCUAGGAGGUUUCUUGGCACUUUGUCAGAACCAACUUGAAGAGUUCGACUUACUAACUAAAAAGUAUAUCACACAGAAAGGGGACGUUCUCACUUUGCAUGCUGCGGACAAACUCUGCCACUACCAUAAGAACUUAAUGAAACUCAGUAAUGAAUGCCGACGUGCACAUGAACAUGGGGAUGUAAAUAUCACCAAGAGUCCUGAAUCAGAAACUGAAAAAAAACAUCCAGUUCUUUCAAACACCAACAGCACACUGCAAAUCAAGGUCUUUCAUUCUCAGACUGACAAGUAUAAGGCAGAUUUCCCAGAUAAUGCUGAAAACCUGAUGGAUGCUGGCUCCAGACCUUCACCAGCAAACUGUGAGGAACCAGUAGGAAGAGGUCAGGAGCAAAAUAUGACAGAGAAGAAUGAACACAGCAGGAUGCGUAGUCCAUCCCCUGCAAGAGCCUCGUUCAUAGAAAUAAAGGUGGCAAAUUUUCCAAUGAGUAAUCAUCAAAAUAGUGAACACAGUGAAACAAGUAAGGCAGCUGUGUUAAUUCAAACCCAAUGGCGCAGUUACAUUGCACGCAGACAGAUUAAUUUUUCUGCAAAACUGCAUUCGACCACAACAGAAGUUCUGCAAAAUCCCCCCAUCAAUAACCAGACUACUUCAAAUGAAGAAAGAAGAAAAAAUAUUAUGAAUAUUCAAGACCAAAGGGAGAAGGCCGCUCUCCGUAUUCAGGCAGUUUGGAAAGGCUUUAUUUUACGAAAGAAACUGGUGACAGCCCUGGAGGCUAUCAGGAAUGAAGAAUCUGGAGAAGAAUAUGAAGAAAUAGAUUUGGAGGAUUUUGAAUAUGACGAGGAUGCCUUGGAGAAAGACUGGGCAGUUUCAGAUUCCACCGGCGGCUUCCCUUCACAAACACUGCCUCUCUCCAAUCAGCUGCCCUGGCCAAAGAAUGCUCGGACGUUGAAACAUGCUGAAACCUCCCUUGCUGGACCCACGCGUCCAGCUCAGGCUUGGCUGUGCAAUGAGAAGGAAAAUUUGUUUUCAUCAGAACACACGCAGUUAAGUGGCAGAUCUGAAAAUAGAACUUUAUCUAGGACACCUGAAUCAAACACAAGUAAAAAGAGUUUGCUGCAAUCUGAAAAGGAGGAAAAAAUUUCAGAAGAAUGGGGCUUUAAGGAUAUCUCCACAGCUCAGCAGAUGCUAAAGAGGGCACAGAAAAUGAAAUCAAAAAAAUUAAGGAAAAAGUUAGAACCUUCUGUAAGAUUAGCAUUAUUCAAAAAACACAAAAAUGAAGUUCGUGUUACAAAAUCGUCGAAGAGGUCACAGCUGAGGAGGGUCAGUUACUUUAAAGGCGAAGAGGAAGAUGCCCUCUCCAAGCCAACCACUGUGGAUGAAAAGUUAGAAAAGAGUAAGGAGUACACCUACCAGUGGCUUCAUACACAAGCAGGCUUUCCAGAAACAACUAGUUCCAGAACCCUGAAAUGCAAUCACUUCUUGCCUGAGUUAGAUCCAGAUGUACUCAAUGGUGGAAGAGUUCAACUUGUGGCAAGACUUGUAAGCAGAGAAGACACGGAUUUAGACCUUUUUUCCAUGACCAGUGGGAGUUCUUUGUCUACAAACAAAGACAAAAAAAGCCAGGCACACAGAUACUCAUCGGGAUCCUCAAGUAAGCUAUGGUUUCCUUCAGAAUUAAUCUAAAAAUCACAGACGAAUUGACGGAAGCUAAUGCCAGCGAACGUUCUUUUACAGAUAGGGGUUAGGGUACCAACCAUCAGUGCUCCCCACAGACGUGCCUUUGGCCUCUUUUCUUCCAUUACAUGGCUUCUUUGAUAUGGACCAAAUUAAAUUAUUACUAAAAUUAACAGCAUCAGUAUUUCUUGAAUUACAUUAUGUCAGUUCAGGCUCUUCCCUCAUCCAUGCCCUUGAUCAUGUUGAAUUCUUUGAUCUUUUUUUUUCCCUAAAGAUUUUUAGGAUAACUUUUAAAAGUAGAAUUUGUGUAUUAAGCCAGAGCAUUUAGAUCUUUGUCAUUAAUAAAUAUGUUAAAGAAAUUUACCUUCUAAAGAAAAAUUCCAAAUGUAGCAGAAUUAUACAUGAUAAAGUAAUGAAUGGACAUGCUUUUAAAAAAUAUUCUAAUUUGAAAAAUAUCAUUCUGAUUGUGUUUGUGACAGGUGACUUUGUAGCCACGCCUAUCUCAUAUGUCUAUUAUCUGUCAUUUUUAAUUGAGGGGUGGAACAGCCUGAUAUCCAGGUAUAAAAUUAUAUCUGAAAAAAUAUAUAUCAGUUAUGAACUCUGAAAAAAGUAAAUAUGGAAAAAUCUCUGCAUCUUGUGGCAUUUUAUAGUAGUGAACCCUGUUUUUAUAAGUUUUCAUUGAAUUUUUAUCCUAUACAAUUUGAAAUACCCUGUAAUACGUCAUGAUACACUAAUAUAAAAAGUGUUUCAUUUCAUAUUAUAUAUGGUAAUUUUCCAAAACAGUGAAAUUCAAGUCUACACAGAAGUUUAUGCAGCUUUCUCGUUUUCUCAUUAUUCAUUCUGAUCUUAUAUCCAUACAAAUUGAUAUUCUGCUGCAUGUGAAAAACUCAAUAAUCCCCUUACUGCUUUCCAGAUAAAAUCAAACAUGAAAAUAAUUCUGGGGUCCUUACUUUUCAUCCAAGUACUUGGACAUCAUCAGUAGAUUAUAAGAAUUUACAUCCCUUUAUAUAUGAAACUUAACUGUGAUAAAUGUUAGUUUAGUUUUACAAUAAUUAUUUCAAUAGCUCUAACUUGUGCAUAUUUAAGAUUUAGAAUAUAUUUGUUUCUAUUCUUACAUUUUAUUACUUGAUUACAGAAUCUGGUUAGCCUCUCUGUAUGAUUUUAGAAUAUUUUAUAUUUACUGGCAUAACUUGUGAGAAUAUGAUAGCUACAUUGGUUUCAGCUUGUGACACACACACAUAUAUGAGCAAGGCUAUCCUUAUUAUGCACUUAAUAUCAAUUUCAAUCACUGUAGCUAAAAAUGAAAAAUCUAGAAUGAAAUACAAAAGCACAAUAAUGUUUGCUCACAGUACACAGUAUCAAAACUUUUCUUCAGGCCUUGUGUUUAGUAAAUUGGUAGAGAACUUGCUUAGAAAGCACAGCCUGAAUUCCAUCCCCAUACUGAAAAUAAAAAAUAAAGGGAAGAAAGAAACAACACUAACAAGAAACUUUGAUCAUUAUAUGCCAUCAGGAGGUUAAAUCUUAAAUGGCUCAAAAAAUCAGUCACUAUACUGUAACACACAGCUUUGUGUUUCAUUUCUAUGACAUUGAACUAGAGUUUAUAGAGUAUAUAAAGAUCAUUAAAUAGAAUUUAUGUGUUUCUUUAUUUUAUUUGGAUUAUUUUUAUGCUUACAUUAUAUUUUUUUAAUUUUAACAAUGCGGUAUAAAUGUGUUGUGAACAUACCUGAGUACCCCUUACCUUCUCUUAUCCAGCCCAAUGCCUGAAGGCUUCCUUCUCAACCUAAUACAAUAAUUAGUUGAUGAUAGAUGACUGACUGUAUUGAAAACACUAACAAUCUUUAAAUAUGUUUAACAAGUGAAAUUUUAAGGUAGGCCAUUUUAGAAAAGGAUUAUAUCAAAUAUCAAAGUGAUUGGGCAAGAUACUUAGUUGUAAUUAUUUAUCUGCUCUGACAUCUGCACAAAAUAAUUGUAAAGACCAUGAGCUCUGAUGCCAGACAUAACCGAGUCCCCCCAAAAGAGAUGAUGGCAGUGCUUCUUAUGGAAUUGCUGCAGGAGUCAAAUAGAAAGCAUUUAGAAUAAUUCAGGUCAAAGUCAGUGAUGAGGAAGUGUUAUAUAAUUACAACCUAGGCAUGGCAGCUGAAUUAUUAUACAGAUCUCAAGCGCAGCGAUAAAUGGGCUAAUUGGUUCUUUAUGUAUACGAACCUUUACUCUUAGCAACUUGACAAAAAAAAAAAAGUUGGUUUUGCCUUUUAGUCCAAAGAGAUCCUUUAACCUUCAAAGAUUUUACAAACUGUGCUUUCAUGGCCCUGGGCCAACCACUUAUAGCUUUGAAAGCUUUUUCCUUGAGCUUUCUCUCUCUCUCUCAAAACUUGUCACCCUGUUAAAGCUAAAACAUUUCUUUUUACUUUGUAAGCCAAAUCUAGAGAGUAGUUUAUGAGCCACAGCUGUGAAACGCUCUGUGCGUCGUUGGGUUCUUCCAGAUACUAUCCUGCCCUGUUUCUCUAAUAGCAUUACAUGUGUUCUUUGUGAUUAGAUAGAUUCUGGCUUAACAUCCCAGGUCUACUAUCUGAGACAAGUCAUAAGACUGAUGAUUAAUUAGCUUCUAAGCAUACGCUUACUAUCUGUAAAAUGGGGGCAAGAAUGUUUCUCUCACAAGUUACAAUGAAUAAAUGAGUAAAAUGUGUAAAUCAUGUGACAUAUUACUUAGAAUAUUGUAAAGGCUUAAACAACAGGACCUACUGUUUUCUUCUUUUGUUGUAUCUUUUGGGUCCUCUUGCAUCAUUUUAGAAUGAAUCCACACCAAUGGAUUUCUUUUCUAAAAAGAAAAUGCAUUUUUUCUUUCUAAAAGCAGAUGCCUUUCUUUUACUAUGACAGCUGUUACGAGCAUUUGUAUCUUGGUAUAGAGAAUUUAUUAAUUUGUUUUCCAUUUCUUUUCAUCUUUACUUCUCAUUAAAAGAAGUCCAGAUCACAGUCACUCUCUAAAUUUCUGAACCAUCAUAAAGUUUGCAAAGAAAGAAUGGAGUUUUCUUUGUUAUAAAACCUUGUGUCAAGUGAGUUUCUUAUUUAAAUAAUGUUUAUACAAAAUAUCUUAUUUUAUUAAUCAUUUUUGCUUUGUCUAUUUUUCUCAUUUAAUAUAUUAUCUAAUAUGAAUUCCAAUAAUAAUUUUACUAUAAAUGCAAUAUAAAGCUUUGAAAAUUACUUUUAUUGCAUUGUGUUUUGCCACAUGCCUUUAAUCCCAGCCCUCAGGAGGCAGAGGCAGGUGAAUCUCUGUUAGUUUGAGGCCAGCUUGGUCUACAGAACAAAUGCCAGAACAGUCAAGGUUACAGGGAGAAAAUUUCUCAAAAAUGAACAAAAAAGAAAAUUACUUCAUGAUGAGUUUUCUUUGACAACUAACAUAAAUAAUAUUGAAGAACUUAACAAAUUCAUCCCACAAAAAAAGAGAAAGCAGCUACUUGAAUCCUCCAAGUCAUAACUUAGAUGACAAAAAGUAGAAUGUAAAACUUUCAAGCCAUUUAUUACUGCUCACUGUCUCUGCAUACUUACCAUGGCGACCUCUAAUCAUAACUGAGCUUUCUGGAUAGCCUUUUAUUUUUAUAAUUAGCUAAGAAUUAGCCUCAAUGGUUCUAUAAUAGGAAAUAUAAACCUCAAGUCAUGUCCUCAUUUGGAUACACAGAUCUUCUCAUGACGUGAUAACUUUUCUCUUGAGGUAUUCAUCUUCCUGAAUAUGGAAGUAUGUAUUGUUCAGAAGGGACUCAGUUAAUGUAGCUAGCUGUGUUGAGAAUAGAAUGCCUCUGGUAUGCAGUGUGCUUCGCUUGUACUGAGAAUGACAACUGGGAAGGAAAUAGCAGUGGAAAGAAAGCCUUUAAACAGAAGCCAAUAGUAAAAUCCAAUGUAGUCUUUCUGGGUCAGAGGCUCUGGAAAUUGAAGAAUAGAACAGAAAACAAAUGCCUUCAAUUACCAAAGCAAUGUAAAAUAAGAUGGGGUGGGAAAGGAAACCUAGUUUUGGGGUAAGUCUUCAGGUAGAAAGCUCAACUUUUCUUCUGGUAAUGAAUAGCUAAUGAAGACUUCAGAAAAUCAUUUAUGGGCUUUCAAGGCUUAAGGUUAGGAAGGAAAAGUAUUCUGUUUAUGUUCUGACUCCAAUAUAUUGACCAGAAUUUUAGAAUUCUUAUCUUAAGAGCAUGAAAUGCAGUUGUUAAUAUCAUGCCCAAUAGCAUGGGAUGAGCACAUUUUCAUAAUGUACUUUCAAAUUUUAAAUCAAGAAUUCUUGGUAUGUUGCAUAUUGAUGCUUGUUUAUUUGAUGAAGUACACACGUUUGAGUAUCUAUUUUAGGCUAAACUGUUUGUAUAACCCUAUGGUGAAUGAAUUUAAGGCUUAAAUAUUAUAUAUAUAUAUAUAUGUGUGUGUGUGUGUGUGAGUUGUUAUAUAAACCAAAAAUCAUGAUAGUAUCUCAGAUAUAUACAGUGUGCAGGUCAUUUCUACAAGCCAUUAAUACAUAAGAAGUUGACUUUUGUAUGCCUUACACAAAGAAGACACAUUUAGAAUACAGAUUUACUGCUAUAAUAUCAUAUUUUUAUCACUUUAUCUUAUAGUCAUUAUUUUCUGUUGCCAAAUGAAAAUAUCUGUAUACAACUCUCUAACACAAUGUUGUGCAAUUAAGAGUGAUAAUAAAAAAGUUUUAUAUAUUAGAACAGAAUUCAGUGAUACAUUUCAAUAAACAUUAAUAUGAGUUUUGUAAGGAUUUAGCCUCUAUAGCUGUGAAAAUUUUCUCUCGGAGUAGCUAAAAGAUUCUACUGACAAUAGUCAUGCCAUACUAGUUUCAAAGAUUUAUAGUUAUCCUCCAUAACCAUAAUGUUCCACAUCAGGGAAUUUAAUGAAAUUUUCUUAGUUUCCAGAAAAAGCACCCUGGUAUA